GACUGGCAACAACAUCAAAUCAUCUGCAGCAGACAGUCCAGGCUAACUGUGCGAUAUCAAAUAAAUUUCUUACGUUUUUGCUCAAGCAAUCUCACCACACACCAGAAACAUGAAGGUUAUUAUGGUUACGCUGUUGUUGGCCGCAGUCGCCCUGUCCGUCGCCGAAGCCGGAGCCUACUUCCCCGCCCCAGCCAUCGUACCAGCACCCGCAGCCUACUACGCCGCCCCGGCACCGGCCCUGGUCAGGACCCCGAGCUUGGACAGCGCUGUGGUGCACUCGGAACGCGUCGGCGGCAACUUUGCGUACAGCUCCGUCGAGGGACACGCGUACACCGCCCUCACACCGGUCGUCCACCCAGCCCCGGUGGCCGUUGCCUACAAGGCCCAGCCGCUCGUCGCCCCGUACCCGGUCGUCCACGCCGCCGCCCCGUUACCAGCCGUCUACGCACCGGCCAAGACCUUCUACUACGCUCACUAACCUGCACCGCCGUCGACGACGUAAAGGCCCACGCUCAGUGUUUGAUCUAGUUUCCGUUUUUCUACCCAAAAACACUCCGACGCGACAUUAUCGCGAUUUUAUAUUAUGAUAGAUAUUUUGUGAUUAUAUAAUGUAUAUAUAGGUACGCCAAUUUUAAUAGUCCUAAUAAUAAUAUUAUUAUUACGACGCGUUGGAACAUUCACCUCGCCUACGCGUAUAUGUACGCGUCACUUAACGUUUACUUCCUCUCCCCCCCAACCGCCUAACCAACGUACACGGACGUGUUUCAUAUUUUUGUACUUUUUUUUUCAAUAAUGCUGAAUAAAAAAUAUUUCUGAUUUGAAAAAAAAAACAC